AAACCUAAAUUUUCAUGAACUUGAGGGAGCAAACUGUUAAGCGGCUGCGUCUCCGCUGCCUAUUUUAGUUAAUAACUACGACCAUGAGAUUGAAGCAGACAGAAACUGCGACAACUACUGUUCCUUGCUUUUACAGCAACUUCUCUCUCUUUCUCGUCUCUUAUUUCCACCUAUGGCAACAAACACGACCCGCUUCUAUCUUCUCUGCAUUUUCUUCAUCUCGGUUUCCGCGAGUGUUCAAAAUAAAGUUACGGACAACCCUGCUGACGAGCUUGUUGCCGCAAUUAAUGCUAAUCGGACUGCAAGUAAAUCGUCAGGCUUGUACAGCAACCCAGGCCUGGCAUGUAUUGCUCUCCAGUACAUAAAGGCGUUCCAGGGCGAUUGCAGCGUUGUGGGUGGGCCGAAAGCCAAGAGACCUGCUGAUUCCGAGUUUGCUGAAACAUUUGCGCCCAACUGUGGUGUAGAGGUCUCCACCCUUGCUCCAAUCACGGGCCGUCUACUUGGAUGCCAGUCCAAGUACGUGAAGCCAUCAGAAGCAUUUUCAGAGAUUCUGAUGAAAAACGAAAAGAGCCUAGAAAUAGUCCAUAGCAAGAAUCAUUCGGAGAUGGGUGCUGCUGUGAGUGGCUCAGAUGGUGGUGCUCCGUAUUUCUGGUGUGUGCUGUUUAGUAGUGGGAAAUCAAACAGCAGCUUCGUCCCGGAAGGAGGCGCUGCCAAGAUAACCCGGCCUGGAUGCUUCAGCGGUGCUAAUGAUGCUUGUAGUGGUGCUGUUGCUUUGUCCAGAAACCUUAGUCUUAGGCCUAUUGCAGUGGCUGGUUUGAUUGCAUUGGCUUAUUAUGCAUUCAGAGUUUGAUUUUGGUUUGUAAUGGACUGUGCAUUGGCUUGUUAAGUAAGCCGCUUUUGGUAUACUAUACUUGUGGGAACAGCUUGCUUGAUUUCAAAAUCUUGGAUUGGAUACA